AAGCCUAUGUAUAUAGAGCAGCCGCCUCUAAGGUGCUACUGAUGGCUGUUUAACCAUCUGAUGGCCUUGAGAUAGGUGUUUUUCAGUCUCUCGGUCCCAGCUUUGAUAACCUGCACUGACCUAGCCUUCUGGAUGAUAGUGGUGUGAACAGGCAGUGUCUUGUUGGUUGUUGUCCUUAUAUUUUACAACAGUGGGCUAAUGAAAAAAAAGUGGAGUGGAGUUCCCCUUUAAAUGUAUAAAACUCACUAAAAGGAGAUUGUAACCUCUGAAAUUCAGACUUGAGCACCAGGAAAGGGAAAGAGAACGUGCAGCCAGACUAGAACAUGAAGAAUGUGUGCAUGCCAUUCAAUUAAAAGAGAUGGAGCUGGAAGCGCUACACAGGCAGAUAGAUCUGGAAGUCAGAAUCCAGUCAGGCCAUCCUCAACAGAGUUUGAUCUUGGUUCAAACAGCAGACUUGUACCGCCUUUCAACAAAAAGGAGAUGGAUGUAUAUUUGACUCUGUUUGAGUGGCCGCAUCCCUAAAACGGCCACGAGAUAUUUGUUCACUGUUCAUCAAAACUGUUCUUGUGGGAAAAGCUCAGCUGUGCAGCUGUGUCAGAUUUCAAAAAGGCUUUACAACGAAAGGACAGCGCCCCGCAUACAAACAUGAAAAUAGUCAGAAAUAGACAUAUAAGAAAUGCCUUACUUUUGAAGAUCUUCUUCUUUUUGCAAUCCCAAAUGUCUCAUUGACACAAUGAAUGAUUGUUUUGUUCGAUAAAUUCCGUCUUUAUAUCCCCAAAAUGUCCAUUUAUUUGAAGCGUUUGAUUCAGAAAUACACUGGUACCAACUCUCCCAACAUGACUACAAAGUAUCUAAUAACUUACCUGUAAAUUUGGUCCAAACAUUUCAAGCAAUGUUCCUGAUCCAACCUCAGGUAUCCUGAAAUGUAAAUAAUCGAUAAUAAUCUGUUUCUAAAACUGGAGAAAAACAACGUUUAGCGCAUUUCAGUUCACGCGCACCAAAACAGUAGAGUCCACCUGGAGUGACACUUACAAUGAAUAGCACUACUUCUUCAUUUCUCAAAAGAAUAACAUAGAACAUUUUUUAAAGACUGUUGACAUCUAGUGGAAGCCAUAGGAACUGCAACCAGGUUCCUCAUAAAUAGUGCUUCCCAUAGAAACUUUUGGGAAAUCCUAUGACCUUUUUCCCCUGGAUGGUUUGUCCUCAGAGUUUUGCCUGCCAAAUCAGUUAUGGUAUACUCACAGACAUUACUUUAACAGUUUUAAAACCUUGAUGGUGUUUUCUAUCCAAAUCUACCAAUUGUAUGCAUAUCCUAGCUUCUGGGCCUGAGUAGCAGGCAGUUUACUUUGGGCUUUUCAUCCAGACGUCAAAAUACUGCCCCCUAGCCUUAAGAAGUUUUAAACCUCUCACUUUCUCUCCUCCCUUCUGUCUGCGAAAUUCUUCCCCAAACAUCUCAAACUUGCUCUUCUCCCUUUCUCUCUCUCUCUCUCUCUCUUCUGCCUCGCCUCCCUCCCUUUAGUUAAGUAAUGACCUUCCCAGCCCCUCUCCUCUUCUCCCUUCCUCUCCUCCUUUCUCAACUGGACUCCGCCCUCACCUGUCGUACUGCCAACUGAUCCCAGUGUGACUCCGUCCCAUUUGUCCCUGGUCACAACCUGGCAGGGGAGGGGUUUGACGUGGUGACCCUGAAACGUAAAGGUCCCCCAGUAAAACCUGUACACUGUGUAGUAACCCCCUACAGGGGAACGAGCUGCAGAAAAUAACCCUGUCUGUUGUAGACUGGAGGCCGUACAGCCACUGUACUGAGGAUAUCUCCAGCCACUCUCAUGCCUCUGUCAGUAACCUGGCACAGUCCACUACCAGCGAGAUCUCUACAAAAUGGAAGGGGGGUUUGAGUAAUGAGGCGAAGGUGUCUGUAAGCGUACCUGUGGGACCGGUGAGUGUGAGUGUGGCGAAGGAUGUGGGCGCUAGCAUAGAGAUGGGAGGGUCCCAGUCGGAUGUAGCCAUCUUUGCCACGACCAAGACCAAAGAGGACCGCCACUCUUUCUUCUCACAGAACCUCCGCUGCCGUUACUACAGUUAUCGCACGCCAAACACUCCAACUCUCAGCGAUGAGUUCCGUAAGGACAUUGAUCGUCUGAGUUCAUACUCUAAGACUUCCAAGGCCCAGUACCGCCGGCUCAUAGACACCUAUGGGACUCACUACAUCCGCCAAGUUGACCUGGGAGGCCGGCUGACGAUGAUCACAGCAAUACGCACCUGUCAGGCCUCACUUAAGAGACUCUCUACAAACCAGGUGGAGUCCUGCUUGUCCAGGGGCUUUAAGGUAAACGCUGGGAUAUCAGUUUCCUCUAGCGACGAAAGGUGCUCAAAAGUUCUGGACAACCAUGACUCGAAGACCUCCUACAGCUCUAGCUUCCUCAGCCACCACACCAAGGUGGUGGGAGGCUCUGGUUGGCCGGGGGAGCUGUCACUCAACCGUAACGACUCAGUGGGGUUCCGUAGUUGGAUGAGAACAUUGAAGAACUUCCCGGAUGUAAUCUACUAUUCUCUAACGCCUUUGCACCUGCUCAUACCCAACACGGCUGUCCAGCAGAUAGUGAAGGAGGCUGUCCAGGAUUACCUGAAGGAGAAUGCCCUCCCGAAGAGCACCGGGGAACUGUCCUGUGGGGAUCGUUACUCUAAUCUGGACUCAAACUGCUGCCUCAGGAUGGUCUCACAGGGAAGACUGGUGGUGACUGUGGUCAGAGCCUGGGGACUGUGGGGAGACUACCACUGGAUAGCGGGAGACACUGAAGGGUACGCUGUGGUCACCUACGGUUCCAAGUCCCAUCAGACUGAUGUGAUUCCGUCCAACAAUCCUGUCUGGAAUGCUACCUUUGACAUGGGUCCCUUUGACAAAGACCUGAGUCUAAAGGUGGCGGUCUGGGAUGACGAUCCUGCGGCUACAGAUGACAACCUGAAGGACUGUACCGUUGACCUCGAGCAGGGGACACAUGAACUCUGGUGUAACAACAGUGGUGAGGGCUUUUAUUUCCUGUACACCCUCACCUGUGACCCUCACCUGACCGGGGACAAGUGUGAAAAAUACAAACCUUUCCAAUCCACAACACACAAACCCUCCACCCCCACCCUCUACAGUAAGAGUGUGCAUCUCUUUCCUACCUUUCCUGUCCAGAGUUCAGCAGUCCUAUACCUGUGGUUCUUUUACAUACCUGUAUAAUGUAGCCCUCACAACACACUGGAGUAAAUGCAUCCCAGGCAGUGGGUCUGUUGACUGUACAGCUCACCAGGAACAAGUUAGAAACAAGGGGAAUAAUUAGAAUAUGUUUUCUGCCGGGUUGAACUCUGUGCAUCUCCCCCCAAUCUUUCAAUCAAUCAUGUCUUUAUCUGUCCUGUAUAAUCAGGGGGUAAUAUACUGUCACUGUAAUUUAAUUGAAUAUGUUUUCAUUAAUUGAAAACCCUUAAUCUAUUUUAUGAGAAUUUGUAAGAUUCUU